AGUCCAGCCCUUCUUAAAAAACCCUGGCUCCCUCCUUUAACUUCCAUCGUCCCAUUUCCUCUCAGAUCUUGAAUUCCCAAGGCCAUCGGGAUGAACCGGAGGAUAAGGAGCCCGUGUAGGAGGGCCGCGGCCAGGACGGAGGAGAGGCUGCAGCGGUUUCUGAAGCCGGGGGCGCUUGCGCGGCUGAGGGACUCGAAGAUCUGUGCCAGAUCGCCAAGAUCGCUGCAGAUCUCUGCAACACGGAUCUCGCUGCCUGUGUCUCCGGCUGCUGGUGCUGCAGCGACGCCGAUUGAGGGGUUGGAGGGCGAGCAAAUCCGAUUCUUUGCUAGUAGGAUAUGUGCACCGAGGAUUUUGCAACGGAAAAAGCUCGCUGCGGCCAAGUAUGUUUUUUUUGCACCUCCUAGUCCAGAUCCGUCGGAUUCCGUGUUGGAUGUGCUCGGUGUCGAUCUCGUUGCUGCGCAUUAAUUUCAAAGAGGAAGGGGCAGAAUCUUUUCUGUGUAUUGUGUAGUAUCAAAUUUGUGUUUUCUAAUUUGCGCCUAUGGGUGAAGUUUUCAGGAGGUGCUGUUUUUUCUUUCUUGGACGGGUUUCAUGAAAAUAGAAAAAAUACGUAGUGAAUAAAAUUGCUCAUCCGUGAUGUGGUUCUCAUUGUGUUUUACUAA